CCUCCUUAAGAAGCCUCGGCCCCCUGUGCCCAACAGCUGUUCUCUUGAGGCCGGGAGACUUUGACGCGUCAGAUCUUCCAUCUGCUUGUUUGACUGCUUCGUAUCUCGUAAUAGCCUGUGGAAGUUCUGAGCUGCUUUAGGGAGGUGAGGCGAGGUAAGACACCCAUCGACUGAGAGGCUUACGUGGCCACUGGACAAAAAAGCGUGAUUCGGUGACUAUUUGGAGCUGAGCUGCACUGAGCGUGGGGAGCCUCUACCCCGGGCCCUGAAAUUCCAGAUUGGGUGCUGCCCUGCCUAACCGCUGCUCUGAAGAUGAACUGCUUCUGCCUCUCGGUUGCCAUCUGGAGACACCGCUCCUUGCUCCUGGGUGCCAUCUUCCUACUUCUGCUGCUCCUCCUCAGGCAACUGACCAAGCAGGAGAUAUUGCGGAUCACCCCUGCAGAAGAGCUGUUGAGUCUGCAUCGGAAAAACGCAUCCACUCGCUCUCUGGCUGUUCAGCAGCUGCAGGGGAAGACGGGCGUGGAAGAGCCAGGGAGCCUUAACGUCGUCUUUCUGAAGACCCACAAAACAGGCGGCAGCACAGUGCAGAACAUCCUCUUCCGGGCUGGGGAGCGGCGGAACCUGACCGUGGCCUUUCCCCUCUAUUCCUACCAGUUUGCCUACCCAGAGGCCUUCUCCAGGACGUUUGUGGAGGACCUCCCCACCGGGGCCGCCCAUUUCAACCUGCUCUGCAGCCACAUGCGGCUGGCGGUUGGCGAAGUGCAGGCGGUCAUGCCGCCACGCAGCACCUUCCUCACGAUCCUGCGCCACCCCGUUCAAACAUUUGAGUCUGUUUUCCACUACUACCGCAACGUCGUGCCUGCCUUCCAGGCGCUGGCCAACCACUCCAGGCCGCUGCUGGCUUUCCUGGAUGCGUCGGCUCGCUACUACGAUGCCAGGGACGCCGGCAAUGGGCUGGCCAAAAACCCCAUGGCCUUUGACCUCGGCCUGAACGCGAGUCAGGAAGAAGCGCCAAGUGGCCGGUGGCUGGAAGAGCUGGAAAGGCUGAAUCGGACUUUUCAGCUGGUGAUGAUUGCAGAGCACUUUGACGAGUCGCUCCUCCUGGCGAGGGAGUUGCUCGGGCUGGACAUGGAAGAGCUGGUGUACGUCAGGCUCAAUGUGCGCCACAAAGAGGGCGAGCCUCUGCCCAAGGCGCUGGUGCAGAAGAUCCAGGCCUGGAACUGGUUGGAUGUGCAGAUCUACAGGUUUUUCCAGGGCGUUUUCUGGCACAAGGUGGAACGCUAUGGCUACAUGCGCAUGAAGAGGGAGUUGGACGCCUUCCACGCGCUGCUGAGGGAGACGGGGGCCAGGUGCCUGUCGGGGGAGCCUGUCGGACCCGAGCGCAUGGCUGACGAGCUGCGGCCUUGGCAGCCGGGCAGUGUCACCAUUCUGGGCUACAGCCUCAAACAGAACCUCACCUAUGCCCAGUACAGUGGCUGCUUCCGUAUCGUCCUGCCUGAACUCCAGUAUCACGCUUACCUCUAUUACAGGCAAUACGGGAGGGACAUGCGCCCUUAGUGGGUUUCUGGCUAUUAUUGGGGGGAUAUUGAGUGCAACCCUGCUCUCCUCUCUAUCCAUUGACCUCAGCUGUCUUACUCAUUUGUUUUCUAUUGGUUCUCUUGGGUGUGAUUCCUGCAUUGCAGGGGUUUGGGCUGAAUG